ACUAGAAACUACAGGAAGCUCGUGUGGACCGCUAACGGACUGUACUUUAGUACUUUAAUUUAAGGAGCCGAGUAUAACGCGAAUGAACUAUUAUGAAUCUAUUAAUAAAAGUCUGAAAAGCUUACACGGUGACGUGAAACGGGAAUGAAGCACUGCGGGUUGCGCAUGCGCGUUGCGGGGCUAGAGGACAAUGAGUUGUGAUAUUGUGGCAGUGCACGGAGCUGCUAUAUUUCAUAAAUGUUUUGGAUUUAUUUUCAAUAAGUUACUUGUUACACAGCGGCCGGUCGGUUCCUGUCAUUAUUCCGGCCAUGUGACUGCGACCUUUGGACUGUUUACUGAAGAACAUUAGGACUUGUUUGAGCUUCACCUGUACAGUUGCUUGUGUUCUGAGUAUUUGUACUGGACGUGUAUUUGCAUUGUGUUGUUAUUGACGGAAUUCGUCUUAGCUGGAUUUCCAUACUGACUCAUUUCCAAGUCUAAAUCGUCUGCACCGUUGGUUUUUUCGCUUUGCAGAAGAGGAGCAGCUGAUAUUUCGGACUUUUUAGAAUGUCUGAAAUUACCAUCACAAAGAAAAAAGAGAAGUGUGAAAACUGCACCAAACAGUGUAAUAAGAAACAAAGCAAUGAUGCACUGCAGGAUGAAACUGUUGUCAAUGGAGAGGUAAGUGGGCAUACUCCAGUGCCACCAGUGUUGUUGAGCGCAUGUCUCUCCUGUGAUGGCUGCGUGUCUGAAGAGGAGAGGCAGAAAAUCUCCCAACAGAGCCUGCAGGAAAUUAACCAUGUUCUUGCUCUCAACAAGAAAUGUGAUACCUCAAAGCACAAAGUGCUGGUAGUGUCUGUGUGUCCUCAGUCCUUGCCGUUUUUUGCUGUCAAAUUUCAUCUGGACAUCUCAACAGCUGCACAAAAGCUCUGUGGUUUCCUGAAAAGUAUAGGGAUCAAAUAUGUGUUUGAUACAACAAUAGCCGCCAGCUUCAGCAUUUUGGAGAGUCGGAGGGAGUUUAUACAGAGGUAUCGGCGCAGGCAUCACGACGUCCAUGCUGUGCCAAUGUUUACCUCCUCAUGUCCAGGAUGGAUCCGCUAUGCCGAGCACAUGCUUGGAAGUCUGGUUACCCCACACAUCUGUACAGCAAGGUCACCUCAGCAAAUCAUGGGCUCUCUGGUCAAAGACUACUUCAGCAGGCAGCAGAAACUAAACCCAGAGCAGGUAUACCAUGUAGUGGUGGCUCCCUGCUUUGAUAAGAAGCUGGAAGCAGUGAGAGAGGAAUAUUACAACAGCCUGCUUGAGACCAGAGAUGUGGACUGUGUACUUACAUCAGUGGAAAUUCUGCACAUGAUGGAGCAGAGAAAUGUCUCAGCAGAGAGUGUUGAACCUGUUCCUUUGGAUCAUGUGUUUGGUGAGGUCACUGACGCAAGCUUGUCAAGGCAUGAGGGUCGAGGAUCUGAAGGAUUUUUAGAGCACAUUUUUAAAUAUGCAGCUAAAGAUCUUUUUGGUCUGGAUGUUCAAGAGAUAAUAUACAAGACACACAGGAACCGGGAUUUCCAGGAGGUGGUGCUGGAGCGAGAUGGAGAGACGCUGCUUCUUUUUGCUGCGGUCUAUGGUUUCAGAAAUAUCCAGACAUUGGUGCAUCGCAUGCGAAAAGGCAAAGUGCCCUAUCAGCUAGUGGAGGUUCUGUCAUGUCCCGGAGGCUGUAUGAGUGGGCGCGGGCAGGCAGAGGGAGAGGAAGGCCGGCCUGAUCGAAUUCUGGUCCAGCAGAUGGAAGAGGCCUACAGUAGUCUGCCCGUCCGGCUGCCUGAUGCCAACCCUGAAGUCCAGCGUCUUUUUGAGGACUGGCUAGAAGGAGAGGACUCUCCACAUGCCCAGCAGAAUCUCCAUACCCGCUACAACAACCACACACAGCCUGCCUCGCACAUUAUUGUCCCUGAUAUACAGUGGUGAAGCCAGCCAAGAAAACAAAGAAAACUUCAGCUCACUUUCUGUUUACCUUGCAGAAUUUUAUGGCUGGCAUCUGGCUGGUAUUGUGCGGAGCACACACAGACUUUUGAAUUUACUAUUAUAUGAUGUGUCAGCAGCCACUCUAGACUCUGCGUUUUUAAAUUAUAAACAUUUCUUGAAGUUUCAUUGUCUGAAUAAGAAAUUAGGAUGUCAUAAACCUAAAACAAGAAUCUUGAAAGCAGUGGCAUAUAUUUGAAAUAAAUAAACUAAAUGGCCAAAGCACUUAGACGCCAUAUUUAAUAGCCUUGGCUAAUUCCAGCUACACCCAUUGCUAACGUAUACAUACAAACAUAUAGUCAUACAAUCUUAACAGACAGUAGUAGAGGAGGGGUUGUACUAGAAAACUCAGUAUGUUUCUUUAUAGGAUGCCACCUAUCUUAGUUUGUAAAACCUGGGCCCUGACAAAGCUGCUCUGGGAGUUAUUGAGAGGUGAAAACAUCUAGCAUUGCUACAUUAAUUGUUUUAAACUGCUUCUGAACUGUCAGCACAGAAAUGAUUUGUUUGGAGCUUUCUAAAUGGCAAUCUGUCGAUUGCCACUGCACACAAGCCUAAGAUUAACAUACACAAAGGUGGACAGAGUGGUGUAAAUACAUCUUCCAUUCACUUAAGUAUUGAAUCUUGCUUUAACAUCUAGCAGGCCAAUAGAGAAUUCAGAGUUUGGCGAAUGCAUGAGGAAUAUAGUUCCAGUGAGAUCUCAAUGCUAUAGCAUACAAUAAUCUCCAGUUUGUGCUUUUUUUUUAAAAACCAUUUUCUGUUUUAACAUAUAACUAUGUAGUGCAUAAAGCUAGUAAGUUAAGCUAGUAAGUUAAGUCCAUUUAAACGGCAUGGAAAUUGGCAUGUAAGGCCCUUGACCUUAGCUUUGGGAGGAAAUUAAACACUUUGUACCAGGAUGAUCACAAACAUCAAAUGUAGUUUGGUAAGGGCUGAUAUGAGUGGCAGGAGAACUUCCCAGUACCAAGCACUGACCUCAGCUAUAUUUAAUAAAAUGCUAAUUUAAUAAUGCUGAUCUGAAUAAUAGUAAAUUACAAGAGUUAAGUUCCAAAAUCUAGUGGAGCUUGUUUCCAAAGAAUUAAAGGAUAUCACAGCAGCAAAGAUGGACCAACUUGGUGUUCCUGCCCAUGAACUGAUUUGUUUUGGUGUUGGUUGUUCACAGAACUGUGGCUGUAUAUCAUACCUCUGAGUUACAUGUACUGUGUCUAACUGGGAUUGAUCCCAAGAUAAUGGUGCAAAAAUGCUAAAAUAAUAAUGAUUAUUGGUGCCACAUUUUAAUAAAAGCAACUACUCACACUGAA